UAGUUGUAUGAAAUUAUGAAAAAAAAGUUAGCAAAAGCAGAAAGAGUAUUGCACAAUAGAUAAUAGUACUAUAGUAGUAGUAAUAAGCGGAGGAGAGCUUGAUUAUUAAGCAGAGUACUAGAAAUAGUAGUAAGUUUGUUGUUACUAGAGAGAAAUUAGUAGAGAAACCAGAAUGAGAAGAGACUAGCUAGCUAGUGAGUCAAAACCAAAAAUCCUAACAAAAAAGGUAGCAAGUUUGUUCUUCUUCUUGUUGUUGUUUUUCUAAAAGCCUAUGUGCUUUGAUUGUGAAAGGAGAGACAGAAGCUUGAAGACAGACAAAAACCAAUGCUUCUUCUGGUAAUAUCAUUUUCAUAUCCAAGACCAAGAGGCAGUAACUAAAUAACGCAAAUCCAAAAUCAUGGCAUCUUCCCCAAUCUUGUGAGCUUUUAUCUCUCCAACAAAGUACAACAGUUCCUCUGAGGCUCGUGUUAUAUAGACAAACUUAAAUGAGUCGAGUUCUGAAGCGAGGGAAGCAGGAGAAGAAGCCUGUAGUAUCUGAUGGUGCUGAAAAGGUUAUCGUUGCUGUUAAAGCUUCUAGGGAGAUUCCAAAAACAGCUUUGAUUUGGGCUUUGACUCAUGUUGUUCACCCUGGGGAUUGCAUUACCCUCAUUGUUGUUGUCCCUUCUCACAACUCAGGAAAAAAACUUUGGAAUUUCCCUAUGUUUGCUGGGGACUGUGCAAGUGGUCACAAAAAAUCACAUUCUAUAGCACUACCAGAGAUAAAGAGUGAUCUCACUGAUACUUGUUCCCAAAUAAAUCUCCAGCUUCAUGAUGUCUAUGAUCCAAAUAAGAUAAAUGUGAAGAUUAAGAUUGUUUCUGGAUCACCCUGUGGAGCAGUUGCUGCUGAGUCUAAGAAAGCAAAAGCAAACUGGGUCGUACUAGACAAACACCUCAAGAACGAAGAGAAACAGUGUAUGGAUGAUUUACAAUGUAACAUUGUGGUGAUGAAACGUUCUCAGGCAAAAGUUCUGCGCCUAAACUUGGUUGGAUCGCCUAAGAAGGAUGCUGAGAAAGAGUCUAAUUCACCAACUGGACCAGAAGCAGCAUCUGAAAAACACACAAAAGGACUACCUGUAACUCCUACUAGCAGCCCUGAGCUAGGGACACCAUUCACUAGCACAGAAGCUGGGACUUCAUCAGUGUCAAGCUCUGACCAUGGAACUUCACCUUUCUUCACUUUGGGAAUGAGUGGUUACAUGAAGAAGGAUGGUGCAUUAGUCAUCAAGGAGAAUGAUGAUGAUUCAUGCUCUGAAACUGAGAGUGAAAGUCAAUCACUAGCGUCAACUAGUAUGAGAUUCCAGUCACCUCCUCUUUGUUCUAUCUGCCAGCACAAAGGACCAGUAUUCGGCAAACCACCGAGAGUGUUCUCGUAUGCAGAGUUAGAGCUUGCAACAUGUGGCUUUUCAAGGGCUAACUUCUUGGCUGAAGGUGGAUACGGAUCUGUCCAUCGAGGUGUAUUACCUGAAGGGCAAGUAGUUGCGGUGAAGCAACACAAACUUGCCAGUUCUCAAGGAGAUGUAGAGUUUUGCUCCGAAGUUGAAGUUCUCAGCUGUGCUCAGCACAGAAACGUUGUUAUGCUGAUUGGUUUCUGCAUUGAAGAUGGGAGAAGGCUCUUGGUUUAUGAAUACAUAUGCAAUGGUUCACUUGACUCCCACCUAUACGGUCGCAAAAGGGAGACGCUGGAGUGGGAAGCAAGGCAAAAGAUUGCUGUUGGAGCUGCGAGAGGUCUUAGGUAUCUUCAUGAAGAAUGCAGAGUUGGGUGUAUUGUCCAUAGAGACAUGCGUCCUAACAACAUCCUCAUUACUCAUGAUAAUGAGCCAUUGGUUGGAGACUUUGGUCUAGCGAGAUGGCAGCCUGAUGGGGAACAAGGUGUAGAAACACGAGUGAUAGGAACAUUUGGCUAUUUAGCGCCAGAAUAUGCUCAAAGCGGACAAAUCACAGAAAAAGCAGAUGUGUACUCGUUUGGGGUUGUGUUAGUUGAGCUAGUCACUGGACGCAAAGCCAUUGACAUUACUAUGCCAAAGGGCCAGCAAUGCCUCACUGAAUGGGCACGUCCGCUACUGGAGGAGUAUGCGGUGGAAGAACUUGUAGAUCCGAGGCUUGGUGACCGUUUUGUAGAAAGUGAGGUUAUUUGUAUGAUUCAUGCAGCUUCGUUGUGCAUACGUAGAGAUCCACAUUUGAGGCCACGCAUGUCUCAGGUGCUACGUAUACUGGAAGGAGAUAUGAUCAAGGAUGGGAACUACGCAUGAACUCCAAGUUCAGAGGCAGGCAAUAGAAGCGGGCGGUUCUUGGCGGAUAAUUACAGCAGUGGUCAGCUAACGAAUGAUGGGUCAAAUAGGUUCAGUGAAACGCCAAGGAGUCAGAGGGUGGAAGUAAACCAUAACAAACAGUACUAAGAUUUAAGAUUUAAGAUUUAAGUAAAAUCACGUAACUGUGUUAGGAAAAGUUUAGUUGAUAGAGUAUGAAGUAAAAGUCAUCUGUUUUCUCAGUGAUGUGGUCCAUAGCUGGCAGGAAAGCUUUUUGAGCCUUUUUUUGUUUGUAUAGUGGGGUAAGAUGCAAACAGAGUUUGCUAAUAUGUUAUCAAGGGAUUUGAAAAAAAAAUUGGUAAAAGGGAAAUUAUUAAAAAAGAAAAA